AUUGUUCCAUACCAAAAACUUCACGCAAAUCUAACCGGCCCCGCCCGCCAAGUAAUGAUUGAUCUCUCGAUGGAGCCUACUCUCGACCCGCGUAACAUACCCAAGAGGCGUCGAGUCACAAAGGCUUGCGAUCAAUGCCGACGAUGGAAGAUUAAGUGUGACGGUCUAUCACCUUGUACUCACUGCCGGGUCUACGAGCAAAACUGUACAUAUGAAGCUCCAUCUCGUCGUUCCAAAUCCGUCGCCCAACACGUCCGUCAGUUAGAAGCACGCUUGGGAAAGGCUGAGAGAUUGCUCAGGGCCGUGGACGCAAACCUGAGCUUUGAGAACCAUGAGACAGGCCCCACCACCCAGUCACAGAGGUUCUCUCCCACAGUCAGAGCAACCAAUGUAGUCACUGCCAGCCCAAACCCCAACAUAUCACCAUUAACCAGCUGUAGCAACUCGAUGGAUCGAAAGAAAUCACCCACUGUAUCAUCGCAACAACCGGUCUUUCCAGAGGGCGGAUCGGGUAUAAGCAAGAGCCUUCCGAGCAAGGAAGUUGCUUACCAAUUGCUACGAUAUGCUUUAGAAGAUGCAUGCGCCUUGCAAAAGUUUGUGCACGAACCAUCGUUCUAUGCGAUGGUUGAACUGAUGUACAGCUUACCGUUUGAUUCCCUUCAGCAGAAAUACCCCCACUCGCUUGCUCUGCUCUUUGCUACACUAGCGCUGGGAAGCCAUUUCUCGAGCGAAUUACCAUGCAGACUUUCCCAGGACCCUUUCACAAAUAACAUCAAUGAAGGGUCAUACUAUCUAGGGUUGGCAUUAAGGCUAUUCAACGCUGUCGAGGAUCACACCCUUAUUUCACUACAGACUUUGUGCUUCAUUGCCAUAUACUUUCAGUCAUCUGGUCAAUUGGAGCAGUGCUAUUCCUACACAGGCCUCGCGCUUCGGUCGGCAGUGGCUCUAGGUUUCCAUCGACCUGAGAUUGAUCCUCAUGACCUUGUCGCACGUGAAACCCAAAAGCGUGUUUUUUGGACCAUCUGGCGACUAGAUAUAUACAGCAGCUCGUUUCUUGACAUCCCACCAUUGCUGAGUAUUAACGAUGUUUGCCAGUCCUAUGCUCAACCAAUAAUGGAGGAUUAUGCCGCAGGAGAAAGUGAUACAAAUCCUGGGAAAGAUCCAACCACCGUGAUUACUGGAAUUAACAUGCAUAUCGCCCUCACCGCGAUGUUGCCAGCGAUAAUGAGACAUCGCAAGGUUUUACAAAGCUUGACGGCGGGAUCUAUAACCAAUGUAGAAGGCCUGAUACGGAAAUCUGGCAUGCGGUCGAUUGAAAACAAGUUGAAAGAGUGGUUUCAGAAUCUUCCAAACGAGCUCCGACCUGGAUUUCAGGGAUCUGUUCAGAUUGAACGUAUUCGACAACUUUUGCGCAUCGCUUAUGCGUACGUGCAGAUGGCCCUCUAUGAGCCGCUGCUAGAGUUGACUCCUCGAAACGCUGAGAGCUACAUCGACCCUUCGACUCUUUCCUACCUAAAGUUAUACUUCACCGUGACACGCAACCUUGUGAGCGCAGGCUAUUCACUCCACAGAACGAAUGUGGUGAAUUACUCCGCUCGCUCUACAAUGUUAUCCACAACCUACGCGGCCAUCAUGUCACUUACUGUCUUCAUGCUUAAGAUACCCGCUUCCUCUGCAACAAAGGGUGCUGUCCUUCGAGAAGCUUUUGAAGGUAAGACAAUAAUUGAAGAACUAGCUCCGAAGAGCUCAUUAGCUACCGAAUAUCUGCAGAAAUUGAACGUGACAAUGAGCCAAUUCCAGAACAUGCCACGGCCUCCCUCUAAUGUACUUUCUCUGCGUCCAAGUUAUACUAGUAAUAUGGCGGUCAUCAGAGAAUCAGGAUCAAGUGACAACCUACAAUCGAGAGCAUCAUGCACUGAGCCUGUUCCUGAUUUCUCACUCUCGGGGGAAAGCUAUUCUAUAGGUGAGCCCAACCUGUGCUAUGAUCGGAUUGGGGAUCCUCACAUCUCUGAAGAAUCGCUUCCUACAUUCAUGGUGCAAUUCUGGCCGAACUUGGAGAACUUUGAUCCAAUGUCAUUAAUGCACUGUCCCAUGAUGGAGGUUGACACAGAGACAUAGCGAG